CAUCAGGGUGGUACCAGUACCUCAGUCGCAACAACACAUCUGCCUUCAUAACCAGUAGGUCUAGAACCAUAUCAAACAGUCACACCUGCCCUAACCGGCAGUUAAUGCGAGCUCCUUCUUGACACAAAAACGCAAGAACGAACAUGUAUUGUUAGAGUCCGUGCAGCUGAGGUUCUCGUUCAGGGUCACAAUGUCGUCGUCUUCGGGUGCUAUUCCGUCGGGGUUUCCGUCGUCUUUCCCUAGUGGGUCACCAAGCAGUGUCGUCGUCGCAAACAUAACGGAAUCCUUCAUCGAAGCAGAGAAAGCCGAAAAAGAUCACGAGUUUAAUGCUGAAGCAGCAUUUACUCUCAAUCUGACCAUCAUUGCGUGUCUACUUCUGGCAUAUGCAAUCAAGAAAUUCCAGAUUUACAGCCUACCCGAAUCCGCAGGAGCACUUCUCGUUGGCGUCAUCGUUGGCGGGAUGGCCCGAUUGGCGGUCGGUGUUCAGAGGCUUGAUUUGUUUGAAUUCCAGCCGGAGGUAUUCUUUUUCGUGCUACUACCCCCGAUUAUUUUCGAGGCCGGCUAUUCGUUGGAUCGCAAGGGAUUUUUCGACAACAUCGGUGCCAUUACGCUUUUUGCCAUUUUUGGAACAUUCCUCAGCACAUUUGUCGUCGGCUACUUGUGCUUUAUUGCCGCUCAGCUUGGUUUGGUAGCUAUUGACGAUGAGAAUCCUAUGGAGGCCCUGAUCUUUGGAGCGCUGAUAUCUUCCGUCGAUCCCGUUGCGACUUUGUCGAUCAUGGGCAACGAAGACCUUAACGUUGACCCACUAUUGUAUUCACUGGUAUUUGGAGAGUCCGUCUUGAACGAUGCUGUAGCCAUCAGUUUAUUCAAGACAUUCUUUCGAUUCUACAACCCCGAAAUUUCAACACCCGAUGUAUCAUAUGUUGCAAUCAGUCUUUCCUUCAUCUUCGUUUUUGGGUGCAGUAUACUUGUAGGAGUAGGAAUCGGUCUCUGUGCUAGUUGGCUCUUCAAGCAUACCGAACUCAGGAUGUAUCCAAAUCUUGAAACAAGCUUGCUGAUGUGUUUUUGUUACUUAUGUUAUGCGGUAGCUGAAGCAAUCGGGCUGAGUGGUAUCAUGGCACUCUUUUCUGAGGGGGUUUGUCUCAGUCACUACAACGCAUACAACCUGAGUAUGGUUGCUCAUGUCGCAAGUGAACAGAUAUUUUCUACCUUCGCCACGUAAGAAAAUUGUUUGACCAAUGUCGACAUUGCUUCUUAUACUAAUGACACGAUCACCAAAUCUCACACUUUUGUCCAUCCCCAUUUCAAACCAACAGCCUCACAGAAACCAUUGUCUUUAUAUACAUGGGAAUGGAAGUGUUUACUGGAGGGUUUCAGAACUUUUCCCUGUCGUUUUUAAUUGUAGCGUUUACUAGCUGCCUAGUUGGAAGAGCUAUCAACAUCUUUCCGCUCAGUUUUCUUGCAAAUUUCUGCCGUGAGAGAUCGAACAAAAUUACUGGGAAAAUGCAAGUAGUUUUGUGGUUUGCUGGCCUUCGUGGGGCUAUUGCGUUUGCUCUUUCAGAGAAUAUGGUAAGUGUGUCACAAAAUAAUCCGACUCGCAAUCGUCAGAGGUUGGCAUUCGGUAUCCUUUGGUAGUCUUGUUGAACUUUUUUCGCGCGUUUUCACAACUCGGACUAAUGCAGUUGGUUUAUUUUUAUAUUGAAGCCUGGACCGCACCAAGACGUCUACAAAACUACGACAUUGACAAUUUGUAUCAUUACAACAGUAUUUUGUGGUGGAUUUACGGAACGCAUGCUGACUGUUUUUGGAAUGAGAGAAGAGCCGACGCCGAAGCUGGGGUACGGGACAGAUCCCGAAGACGACGGCCUGAAUUUGAAUUCAUUGACUUAUAAACCGCCUGUUGCACAACCCCGCGAAACCCCGAUGAUGCAACGAAAAAGACGAAUCGCGGAUGGUAUCAAGGGGGUAUGGUAUCGAUUCGACGAUAGAAUAUUGAAAAAACACUUUGGCGGCGAACGGGAAUUGUCAACAAGUCACAAAAAUCGGACAACGAAUGAUUAUUCCCAUGAUUCGUUCCCUGAGAAAGCGACAGGUAGAGAUGGAUCUAAUUGGCCAUCUCCAUCGAGAGGAAAUUAUGAAAUGAGGCAAAUGAACGGAACCAGAAUGGGUGUUUCGUCAAAUGGAAAUAACAACUCGACAGAAGAAAUGGUUUCCUUGACAGCGUCCUUCGAUGUGGAGCUGGAGAAUGAUGAUUUUAUAGCCUGAACAUGCAGCACUCUGUACAUGAUGAAUGUUGAGGUUGUUAAAAUAGAAACACAAUGUUUGA